AUGGCAGCACCAGGUACAAGCAAAUAUGUGACUCUCGUAUCUUGCGACGGAUUUGAAUUCGUCGUUCUGAGAGAGGCUGCUUUGACAAGUGGUGCAAUCAAAAAGAUGCUGGAUACAACCAGUGGUUGGGAAGAGUCUCAAACAGGAAUCUGCCGUUUCGCAGAAAUAAAUGGUAUUGUCCUCGAGAAGGUCGCCGAAUACUUUUACUACAACUACAAAUAUCGCAACUCGGAGAAUGUGCCAGACAUGGAGAUUCCGGCAGAGUUGUGUCUAGAGUUGUUAAUGGCAGCUGAUUAUCUGGACACAUAA